AUGGCGAUGGUUCCCAACUGCCGGAGCUUCAUUCUUGCUCCUGUUUCAAUGCUACGAACACUAGCAGCGGCCACCAGCCACCGUCACAAAAGCACCAGUUUUUGCUGCUCAAUUUGGAAUUCCGACUUCAAUUUUCAUAAGAAAAACAGUAGCAGAGCAUUCUCAUCUGAUUCAGCGGCCUCUCUAGCUGUUACUUCAACUCCUUCUUCUCCCAAUUCUAUGCGCCAUGAAGAAUAUGGUCGCUUGCUUCCAUGCCCUGCUGAGAGUUUUCUACCAAGAAUUGAGCACUUAGUUGUUAAAGAUGGGGGACCUGUUCUUGACUUCAUUACCAGAGCUUUGAAUCUUCCACCUUUGUACGUCGCAGAUCUUAUUCAUUUUGGAGCAGUGUUCUAUGCCCUUGUAUGCCCACAGCCUCCUUCAACUGCCACGCCAGAGGAGAUCAAGUUGUACAAAGAAGUUACCGACCCGUCAGUCCUCAGAAAGAGAUCUUCAAUCAAAGGGAAAACCCUGAGAGAGGCACAAAAAACUUUUAGGAUUGCUCAUAUUGAUGAGUUUGUUGAAGCAGGGACGUAUGUGCGGGUGCAUGUUCGUCCAAAACGAUUUCCAAGGUGCUAUGAGAUUGACUGGAGAUCCAGAAUAAUUGCUGUGACGGAAUCCUAUGUAGUUCUCAACAAGCCUGCUGGCACAUCAGUAGGUGGAACAACCGACAACAUUGAAGAAACUUGUGCAACUUUUGCUACUCGUGCCUUGGAAUUAACUACUCCGUUAAUGACAACUCAUCAGAUUGAUAACUGCACAGAAGGCUGUGUUGUGCUAGCUAGAACUAAGGACUAUUGUUCAGUUUUCCAUAGAAAGAUCAGGGAGAAACAAGUGAAGAAGCUUUAUCUCGCACUUGCUGCUGCUUAUGUGCCAUGUGGAGUCAUGACCCAUUACAUGCGACCAUUUCGUAUGGCUCCAAAAGUUGUUUCAAAAGACUUCAUCAAGGGGUGGAACUUGUGCCAACUUGAGGUUUUAGAAUGCAGGAAAGUUCCGUGGCCAAAUGCUUUAAUUGAAAAGAAGUUUGGAAUUGAGGAUUUUAAUUGGCCUAGUAAAGAGUUUGCAUACGAGUGCAAAAUCAACCUCUUGACCGGCCGUACUCACCAGAUUCGAGCUCAACUGGCAGCCUGUGGUGCACCAAUAGUGGGUGACUCGAUGUAUACUCCAGCUGCAAUUCUAGAGCUAGCCAGUCCUGAGGUAAACCCUUUCGGGAAGUACAAGAAGCAAUUUAAAAGCGAGGCUGAUAGAGAAUGUGCCAUUGAAGACUGGGCUGCAAAGCAUGGGAAGGAACCUGGUGUGGCUAUUGGUCUUCAAGCUUGUCAAAUUUCAUGGGAUGAAGGCGAGCACUUGUAUGAGGCUGGAGAUCCUUGGUGGACUCAAUAACACAGUUUAGGAUUUGGGUUCUGUGCUUCUUCCUUAUGGAGUGACGGGUGACUAACGGAGCUUUGUUGGGUAGGUACUUCUUCACGGGAUGAAUGAGGUGGCUGUCUGCUUAAAUCAAAUUGUGUGAACAACUUAUAGGAAGAAGGGAAGGGCAAAACUGUACAUUCACACAAUGGCUCCAUUGAACAAUGGUUUCACAUACAACAGCAUGGUAAAUUCCCAAACUGCAGAAUCUGUAGCAUUUAUCGACUCUCCAUUUAACGCGGAGGGAAGAUAAUCCUGUAGAAACGAUAAACUGCUUAAGCAAGUUUUAGGUUCUUUAUGGGAUCAUUAGUACUUGAUACCAACUUGUUACAAGUUUGAAUGAGGGAAAGAAGCUUGAAUUGUUUGAAAGAAUCUUAGAGGUUGUUUAGAUGGUUUUCCAUUAAGUUUUGUAUAUAAAGUUGUCUGUGUGGAUUAAUGU